ACGGAGCCUCAUAACACAGAUCAGAACUACUACAUGCUUUAGCACGGGAAUCCACACUCAUUUCUUCCUUUUUUUCAUCUCUCAUUAGUCUUAUCGUUUGUGUUCGGGUACCGGAAAUCCAUGAGCAUUAAUGCUUAUCUACCACCCCCCUAGCUCUAAUGAAGCAGCGCUACACCCCGAUAUCGUCAAUACUAUGUCGGACUCAGUGGAUCGGGUCUUCGUCCACGCGCUCAAUACCGUUAAACGGAUCCCGAGGACCGGUACCGCUCGGCCACCCGCGUCCGAGCGAUUGAAGCUGUAUGGAUUGUAUAAACAGAGUAUGGAGGGCGAUGUGGAGGGCGUGAUGGAGAGGCCGGUUGGGAAUACGGCGGAUGUGUAUGCGGAGUGUGAGAAGUGGGAUGCGUGGUUCGCUCAACGGGGGUUGUCGCGGACGGAGGCGAAACGGAGAUAUAUUUCUACGCUGGUAGAGACUAUGCAUCGAUAUGCGUCGCAGACGCCUGAGGCCAGGGAGCUGGUUGCUGAGCUUGAGUUCGUUUGGGACCAGGUGAAGAUUAAUACGUCUGCUUCUGUUUCUGCGUCGUCGACGUCGAGUAGUCCUGUGCAGGGUGUUGCGCCGCCGUUACAGCCGAUCUAUGCUAGUAUUGGGGGUCGGUUGGCUCGGUCGGACCAUGAGCAUUUGGUUGCUACCUCCAGGGGGGCCUCGAGGUUACGGGUUCUUAGUCCGGUGAGUCAGCCGGAGGAGGUGUAUCAGCGGCGAGGGUCUGGUGUGGACCGGGCUGCGGGUGAGGUGGAGGAGGAUGAGGAUGAGGAUGAGGAGUACGCUGAGGCGCAGGAUACUCUUGACGAAGAUGAUGAUGACCAUGACAAUGACAAUAUCCCUUAUACCCGGGCCCCCGAUGAGGGCAAUGAGCAUGAUGCAGAUGAGGCCGUACUACGCGGUCGUGGGCGGACAGACCCGAAGAACCCCCCGGAUGUUAAUAGCCGACGAUGGCGGCGGAGAGUCGAGCAGGCCUUGACUAAUAUGACCGCUGAGAUUGCUGCUGUGCGGGAGCAGAUGGAGGCGCGUUCCUUGGCGCAUCGGCGGCGGAACAGUAUGUGGGCGUGGCUGAAAUGGCUCGUCUGGGUCACGCUCCGGCAGGUUAUCUGGGAUCUUGCGAUCCUGGGCAUGAUGCUGAUCUGGAUGCGGGUUCGCGGGGACCGACGCUUGGAGAACAAGCUGAAGGUGGGAUGGGCGGAGGUGAAAACGCGGCUGUCGAAGUUGAAGGGACUUCGUCGGGUUCCCAAGGUACAUAAAUUCCCUUAGCUUGGCUUUUGGUUGCUUCUCUUCGAGUACAUAUCUUCAUAUAUCCUGAUUAGAUUCACUUGUCUUUCGUUGCUAUUUCUUUUGUCAAGUCUGUAUCACUGUCAGGAAGAUGGAUUGGUGUUGGUUAGAGUCAAGGCUUCACUGUAUUCUAGCAUAGAAGUCGUGUUGUAAUUGCUACAUUACGCCGGUCCUUCCAAUACCGUAUCCGAAAUUGAACCAGAACCGUA